CAUCGUGCGACGAGUGCUCGCGCGUGCGACAUCGUUCCUCGCGAUCGUGCGACGAGUGAAAAGACCGAUCCGAGAAACGUUUUAGAUCGUAUUCCGUGCGAUCGAACGAUCUUCUUCUUCUAUUUCUCUGUUUUUUUAUUUUAUUUUCGAAUUUUAUUUUUCCUCGUGCUAAAUAUAUCUAUAUAUACAUAUAUAUAUAUAUAUAUAUAUAUAUAUAUAUGUAAUCGUGUUUAUACAUAUGCGUAUAAUAAUGAUUAUAUAUGUAUAAUCGUGAUUAUUGUGAACAUUGGAAAUAUAUUCGAUUCUUCACGGUAAAAAAAGGUGAACAUGAUUUCUGCAAGUUCUGCAAGAGUGUGAGAAAAAAGGACAAAGAUACACAGGUCGAACGAGAGAGCAAGAGAGAAAGAGAGAGAGACAGUAACGCAUUUUUCUCAAAAUUCCCGCUCCUUACUACGCCUGCGCGUAAAACGUUAUCACGCGAAAAAAAAUAAGAACAAGUGUUCUCGAUUGUUACAGCUGCCAUACUUUUUGUCAUGGAGCAAAUUAAACGAUUCGAUCUUUCAACAUUUUUGCAUGUGUGUGAAAAGAAUAGAGAGAGAGGAGAGAGACAGAGAGACCAUCGCCGUUCUUUUUCUCAUUUUCAUUGCAUUAAAAAAAAAAAAAAAGAUUAUUUUUAUCGUUUUUUAAAAUAGAUAAAGCUUCGCUUCAGAAUUUCGAAAGAACAAUGCGAUUUUUUCUAUCUCUUUCUUCUUUUGUUUUGUUAUUUUUUUUGUUCGUAUUAAACGCGAAACACUAGUCGACUCGGAACGAGAAGAGAUUCGGUUUGCGUCAUUGAAGCGAGCUCGCGGCCUAUCUGCAUCUCUCUCUCUCUCUCUUUCUCUUUCUGUGUGUGUCUCUCUCUAUCUCUCUAUCUCUCUCUCUCUCUCUCUCUCUCUCUCUCUCUCUCUCUCUCUCUCACGUUCCCUCUCUCUCUCUCUGUCUCUCUCUCUCUCUCCUCGUCCGAAUGCAACGACGCAGGCACGUCGCAUCGAUAAAAAGCAUCGGAAUAGCGCGUAAAUCGAGGCUCUCGCGACCUAUCGCGAAAGGAUUCGUACGAAUAUCGGUGAAUCGAAAACGUGUGCGAGCUCGUCUAUAAGAUCACCUUGAUCUCGACUCGUUAAACGAUCCAAGUCUAACCGCGUUACCCUGAUCGUUAAACCUCCUUUCAUAUCUUUUGAUUCUUACUCUUUCUUGAUUUCAACCAAGUUCUUUGCUUGUCAGAAAAGAAAUUUUUUGCAUUUUCUUUUUUUCGUCUUUUAUUAUUUGUUACCUCUUUUAAUUAUUCUGAUAAGUGAAUUUUUGAUAAUAAUCCUAGCGUCGCAACGACGUGGUGCGUGUCCUCGGAUCGAAUUUUUGUGGAUCGUCUGGAACUUUAGACAAUAGUAAGAGUGAUUAUUCUACCAGCCAAGAGUGGAUAACGAUCGGUUAUUGGAUAACUCCGGCGAUAAUCGACAUUGUUUGGAAGAUAUUUGAAUUUGGUUACAAUCGGUAAGAGAGAAAGAGAUAGUUGAAGAAGUCUGGUCGUUUCGGUGCAGGAAGAAGAAAGAGGAGAGAGGGAAAGUCGAGGGCGCAAGCGUGCACGUGCUCUUUGCGCGUUCCUAUGCCCUAAGCAGUCUGUCCCACUAUCAGAAGUGGCACCGAGGACGGAGGAAACGCGGAGGCUAGUCGUCCCUCCGUCGUGUCGGCCUCAUCCCCUCCCCGGCUGCGCGGCACCCCUCCAGCCUGCACGGAGGACCACCGCCGCCGCCGCCGCCACCGUCGACGUCGAGCGUACAACGACGACGACGAAGACGACGAAGACGACGGAAACGAUCAAGACAAGGACGACGACGACGACGACGACGACGACGACGACGACGACGACCACGACCACGACCACGACCACGACCACGACGCCGACGACGACGACGACGCCGACGACGACGACAACGACGACGACGACGACGACGCCGACGACGCCGACGACGACGCCGACGACGACGACGAGGACGAGAAAGACGGAUCGUUUGUGACGUCGAAAGAGAAGCACGCGCUACUCCGCCGCGUGCCGCGUCGGCUGUUAGGGGAAGAAAGAGAAGGGGAAAGAGGAGAAGACGACGUACCGAGGAGGAGAAGGCAACGUUGGUGGUGGUGGUGGUGGUGGUGGUGGUGGUGGUGCAGUUGCUGCCGGACGUGAACGUGUCGGUGAUAGUAGUAGUGGUGGUGCUGGUGGGGACGGCACCGAAAGGAAAGAGGUGCUGGAGGAGAACGACGGCGACGGAAAGGAGAAAGGGGAGGAGGAGGACGGUGGUGGUGGUGGCGGUGGUGGUGGUGUUGGUAGUGAUAGUGGUGGUGGCGGUGGCGGCGGCGGCGGCGGCGGCGGCGGCGGCAGCGGCAACGACGACGGUGGUGGAGGAGGAAGAGGAAGAGGAGGAGGAGGAGGAGGAGAAGGUGGUAAAGGUGGAGGUGGCGAGGCUCGUGGCGGCGGCGAAGGAGACGCGGACGUCCACGCGGGUACACGAGGCAGGCACACCCGGCCGGCACGCACACCCAUAUUCUAAGAUGUGAUUUCAAAAAUGGCGGAUUGCCCCUAUGCCCGCUGUAUACAGGAACGCAGACACAUCCGACGGGAGCUGCUGCGAUGGACAAAGAAUAUGGUCUUCGUAGUCGUUGCGGUGGUGUCGCAGGUCUGGAACGAGUAGCGGAGGAGUUGAUGGGCCGUAGGAGAUGGAAGCAAUAUCAGGACACCCUGUACAGCGGCACGCGCAUCAGCGAAUCAACGACGACGACGACGACAGCGGCACAGCCCCUCCAUCGGCUUUACCCGGCGUUGUCACCGUCUUGCAAUCCGGUGCUCGGAAAUCUGGGCCAGAUCGGGCCAGCUCACCUGCUUCAUCCAGCGCCGUCGCCAACCGUUACGCCGGCGGGAGCUACGACGGUUCUUGCGACGGGUUUAGCGACGGGCCUGGCAACGGGGGUGACGACGGGGGUAGCGACGGGGGUCGCUACGGGGGUGGCAGGAGUGCCUGGGAGCUUGGUCGCUGCCACGGCUACGACGGCCACCGUCGUACCCACGGUCGGUCACCUCAAACAGGACGUCUCUUCUCUUCAGAGGCAUCAUCCUCAGAAUCAUCAUCAUCAUCGACAUCCUCACUCUCAUCUCCACACGCCGUCCUUGCUGGCCCAGGAUCAGCUCUAUCAGCAAAAGCAGCAGCAGCAGCAGCAGCAGCAGCAAGAAGAAUCCAGACGUUUGAGACCGGAGGAAAUAAAGAUCGAAGCGGACGAAGAAGAGUCCGGAGAAGCCAGUGGUGGUGGUGGUGGUGGUGGUAUCGUCGUACGAGAGAACGCGAGGACAGCGGAUUUGGCGACGAGUACGACCUCGACGCAAACGACGAAUACGGGUACGGUGACGACGACGUCGACGACGACGACAACGACGGCAACGACGACCACGACCACGACCACGACGAGCACGUCGACGACAACGUGCGUCGCGACGUCGACCGCAUCGGCUACAUCGACGAAUCUGCUCUCGUCGAGAAGACGGCGUCGAGCGAGAAGACAAAACGACGGGGAGGAGGCCGACGAGGCCGAGGAGGAGGAGGAGGGAGAGGAGGAGGAAGGGAACGAGGAGGAGGAUUCGAGGACGCGAGAGGAACCGGAAAAGCGGUUGAAACUCGACGAGGACGUCGAUAGGUCCGUCAGUCCUCACAGAACGGAUAUAGAACGAGCGUCUCGCAAUCCUUCGGCUACCAACGGCACGGACGACAACGCGGAAGGGACCAAGGAGCGGACAGGGGAGCUCGCGUUGGAGCGGAUACCAGUGACGCAAGCUUUACUGAGAGUAAAAAAAGAAGAGGAGUUACAGGAGGCGCCAGGUUUAGGAAUCGAAAGGACGACGACACCGGCAUCCGAUUCGGAAGGGACCAGAAGAGUCGGAGGAGCUGGCGGGGGUGGUGGUUGCGGUGUCAUCUCGAACGAGGCUGAAAUCACGGCGAAAACUAUCGUUCCGCCGUUUCUUCUAGCGAGUCGACGCACCAGUCCACCGCCGGAAGAUUGGAAGCCUCUCGACAAGUGCUACUUCUGCCUCGAUGGCAAGCUGCCCCACGACGAUCAAGCGCCGCUCAGUCCACAGAGCGACAGCAGCAGUAGUUCGCGAUCGGUGGAGUCACCGAUGUCGGUCCAAGUCGACCCAAUGGCGGCGUCCGUCGUCGCGGCCGCUCUCAGCGGUACUUACCCGACUUUAUUGCCUCAGUGGUGCUUACCACCAAGAGAGGCACCUCUCGUCGGGGUACAGGCUCAUCAGGACAGUGCCACGUCGGUCGAUCAACCACUCGAUCUCUCGGCGAAACCGAAAAAUUCUCAGGAUAACAACAUAUCUCCCCUGGAACAACAGAAAAUACCUCUGAGGAUGCCCACGGGUAUCGACUCCAAGAGCAUCUUCAACUCGUGUUACCGCGCGAAACCGCGUAUUGCCGUGCCGGUGACGGCAGCAGCGGCGGCUGUAGCGGCGGCGGCAGUGGUGGGUGCAGGGGGUAGCGUCAGCCGGAAGACUUACACCGAGGAGGAACUACAGGCUGCCCUAAGGGACAUUCAGAGUGGAAAACUCGGCACGCGAAGGGCAGCCGUGAUUUAUGGGAUACCACGAAGCACCCUACGCAACAAGGUCUACAAGCUUGCGAUGGAGCGCGAAAGGGAUGCGUCCCUCUCUAGCACCCAUUCACACCCUCACGAGUCCGGCGCCCCAGCCACCACCACCACCACCAUCACCACCACCACCACCAUCACCACUACAACACCACCAAAUACGACCCAAAACGCGACCACUCCGCCCCCGCAAGUGGAUGAGUUUAACACGCGGCCACUCGGCGUUCGCGAGGUUGCAAGACUCGAGGUGGACGAGAAGGAACUAUCGGGAGCGGAAGAGGAAAAAGAGGUCGAGAAGGCACUCCUGAAACCUUUGUUGUCGUUGGAAGACCUAGUAAGGUUUUCCGCGCUCGAAGGUAGCGGUGGAGAUUCCCUGAGGACUCUGCUUCAGCGAGGACAGGAUGCGGGUCAGGAAUGGCCGGGUUUGGAGCACGCAAACAUUGGUCCGUACAUACAAAAAAUGUUGGCCGCGGCAGCACCGUUCAAAGGAAUAGAAACGCAAGACUACCGCAUUCCGGAGGUGAUGAGGAGGUUAAUGAGCGAGGAUAAGAGAUUGAGUAAGAGCGUGAACGGAGAUCAAGGACAGGCGCAGCAUCAGCAACAACAGCAGCUUCAACAUCAUCAGCAUCAUCAUCAUUCGGUAUCGGCGGUGGGGCAUCAACAGAGUAGCGGACCGCAAACGGGCGUGCAAUCGGUGACGCAACAGCAAACGCAUCAACAUCUCCGGGCACCGAUGACCAACGAUGAUUUUAAUCCGAGCAUCGAGGAAGAGGCGAGCGACAGUGCUCAAGGCAGAGCAAUAUUGAAGAUUCCGUCCUACAAGCCAGCGAGUACGCCAGGUUGUUCGAGCAACAAGAACGGCGAACCGACCUCGGCUGCUUUCGCUCAGGGAUUCGCGGCAACGGCUUCGAGUCCGAAUCUUCUGGAACGUGCUAGCCCGGCGUUCUCGGGGACGAGCAGCCCGACGAACUCCCUGGUCGGCAAGGCGGUGCCUGUUAAUUUUCGUGACGUCAUCGCGAAGAGCAUCAGCGUCAAGUUCCAAGAAGGACAACAGGCGGGCGUCACGGCUGGAUUAGCGGCUUGUCAAGGGAGUACGGUGGUGCAGCCGCAGCAACCGAUGAUGCCCGAGCCGAGUCCGUUCAAGAGGGGCCGUUACACGCCACCUCAACCGGCGCCACCUGUCCAACAAGCGCAACAGAAUAAGCCGCAAAGUCAGGAGGCCAACAAGCCGAAACCCGGUACCGGUGGUAAAGGAACCAGACCAAAACGCGGAAAGUAUAGGAAUUACGAUAGAGAUAGUCUCGUAGAAGCCGUGCGCGCGGUUCAACGAGGCGAGAUGAGUGUUCAUCGAGCUGGCAGCUACUACGGCGUGCCGCAUUCCACCCUCGAGUACAAAGUUAAAGAACGCCAUCUCAUGAGGCCACGCAAGAGGGACCAGAAGCAACCGGACGACAAGACGAAAGACGGAACGAGUACGACGACGGCGGCAGCGGCGGCUGCAGCCGCGGCGGCGGCUGCUGCUGCGAUGAGACCCGGUGCGACGGACAAGAAGGCACCGCUGAAGACUCAAAAGCCGUUCGCCCCGGCCAGCGGUAUCCCCGGUCCUAACGGACUGAAGAUGCCACCGUUCAUGGAAGGCAUGCCGCACUUACCUUUCCCACCUUUCAACUUUUGGAGUCCCGCCCCGUUCUUACCUUCGCCGUUCAUGCCGGGCGCCGCUAACGUACCUACCAUCCUUCCGGAGCAAUACUUUGCGUCGCAAAGGAUGCGCGGCCUGCAAGAACAACAGAGAAGCGCGGCGAUAGUUCAACAACAGCCGCAUCAACAGCACUCGCAGCGAGAGAGAGAGGCCGGGGCGACGGUCUCGAGCACGGAAACGCCUGGUACGUCGACCGCGAGAAACGCGACGAUCGCGAAGGCACCGAGGGAAAUAACGGAGAGCCUUUACGACGGCAGCGGAGCGAACGGAAGUUUCUUGGACAAUCUGAUAAGGUCGAGUCUCGAGACCGGCAUACCCAGGGACCAGCGAGUCUUGACGGAAACGAGAAGUCAACAGCAACAAACGUCGUCGUCGUCGUCCACGUCGUCGUCGUCUUCGUCUCAGCAACAACAGCAGCAGCAGCAGCAGCAGCAGCAGCAGCAACAACAGCAACAGCAACAGCAACAACAGCAACACCCAGAAACGAUGAGCGGCAAGGCUCUGAUCGAUCAGCUAUGUAGGAACUCGAGGAGGACACCGUUGCCGCGUAUAACGCAAGACAGUAGCGAGGAUGAGAGUUAUAGGGGACCAUCGGGAACCCCCGGUAGACUCGAGAGAGUACCAGAGAGACCGGAGAGGGUACCUACCGUUGAUCUCAGCCCGUCGCCCUCCGAGAGGGCUCGUACCGACGACGGCAGCGAUCGCUUGACCUCACCGCCAACGCCUCUUUCGAUCUCCCGUGCGGGAAGCAGGGACGAGGACAGUACUCGCGAUUCGAGGUUAGAUCGUGCCAGUAGAGAACGCGAAGUUCAUAACGGUGCCGCUCAGGAAGAUCGAGGUGCCCUCGGUACGCAGCAACAGCAACAAUUGAAUCAUUACCCGGACUUACACAAUCUUUAUGCCGUAUCAACUGACAAAAAAAGUGCCUGUGAUAGUAAGCUUAUAGUAGAUCAUUCGAGCCAGAAGACUCAGCAACAGCAACAGCAACAGCAGCAACAGAAGGAAUACGCCGCGGUAAGCGGCUUGGUCGUGCAACUGCAGAGGGGCUACAACACCGGCAGCAGCAGGUCCGCCGAGCAAACCAACAGCCAGCAACCGGCGGAACAACGUGGCCCUGUCAUCGGUAUGGAAGACUCCGUAGAGCAGUAGACGAAAGUCAGUAUCAGUUAUCAGUAAGGUAUAGAAUUAUGGUAACGCUAAUCGGAUUUCGAACGGUAAAACCCUUUUUCCAUUCGGAAAGCCCUAUGUCACGCCUGUCUCACAUCCUUGCUAUUCGUCCUUGAGCGCGAACAGUUUCGUUCGAAUUCGACGAUUCGAUUCGACGACGGUCCACGAGAAAGAUCAGGAGACCGUUUGAAUACGUAACACGAGGACUAUCCCCGACUUAGGCUUCUAGGCUUCGUUCGAAAACUAUACUGUCGAGGAACUUGCUAGAGCACUUCUUCGAGACCUCCUACGACGGAGAUCGGUGAAGAACGGUAAGAGAAGCGCUUCGGUACGACCGAGUAAACUCGCUAUCAAUUUUCCAAAGACUCGGUAGAGAUCACCAGCCGUGUACGGUGUCCACGCUCUCGGUGGGGAAAUCCUUCGAGCGUGCCGAUUUUCCUGCGAAUUCGGAGCAGACUAACAGAUAAGAUAUUGAUAAAAGACACGAUACGAUUUAUCCACUACCACUGGCAUUGCCGAGUAUCCUUUCGUACACGUAACGCAUACGCUUACAGAGGAAUACGAACGAAAUCGGUGAAUGACACACUGACGGAAAAACACACUAACACGGACGAGAAAUACGAUUUAUAGUAGGGAACACGAAGCAGCGUAGAGGCAACGCGGGCGGAUUCGCAUACGCGUUGAAUUUUUAGGAUUCCAUUUUCGAGUAUGUUGCGAAGAAGCAUACUCGUUUGCCGUAUACUAAUCUAUAAGACGAUCAAUCGUUUAAGAUCGAAGCAAAAGGAGAGCUAAUGCGUUUUAGGUGAAACAAAGAAAAAAAAAAAGAGAAAAAAAAGGAUAAGACAAACGACAACAGCGUAUUAUUUCCUCUAUCGAUGUAAAACUACCUAAUGGAAACUUAUUACCUACUAUUAACAUUACUUAACUCGUAAGGAGCAACAUAAUUAUAUAAGGAAUGAUAUAUUAUAUAUAUAUACAUAUAUUUUUGGUCAUUACGGACGUAUGCGAAAUGAGAAACGAGCCAAGGCUUUUUUGGCGCACGUAGGUGACAUUUUUUCACAAGGCGACAAUAUUUCUCUAAUCUCAGUUCUCUUAAGGCCGGUGUUCGACGCAAACGCAUCAUCCCACGUUUAACGAGACGUUGUUUAGCUUGAAACGCGAUCGAGAGAAGAUAGGAAAGAUUUUUUCAAGGAAUUCAGGGAAGGAGGAUUUCAAAAGGACGUCGUAAAAUUCUCGACAAUUUUCUAAUAUCGGACUCGUCAAGCUCCUUUCUUUUAUUCUAAUCGAGGUUCGAGGAAGAGUCGUGCGAGCGCGUGUGUGCUACAGAGGGAGAGAGACAAACGGAGAGAGAGAGAGAGAGAGAGAGAGAGAGAGAGAGAGAGCAACUCUUCGAAGGAUACCCUUUUAUAGUCUGUGACAUUAAUGGUGCUUCCUGAGGACGACCGGAAUACGGAUAUCCUGGAAAUAUUUUACAAACUAUUAAAAUAGGGUAUCCUCGAGACAUUUCGUUGAGAGUGAAAAGAUAGACACGCCUUUUAUAAGGAAAGAAUAACAGAAUAGACAAAGAGAAAGUUAAGAAAAAAGAAUCACCGUACUCCUUUCAAGGAUUUUACGAAUCCGAAAGAAAUCCUUCUGACGCGAUCGUACGUUCCUUGAAUUUUCAUUUAAUAAAAAGAAACGGAUUUACGGAGAGUUUCGAAGUGGUAGGAAACAUAAUUGCAAACGAUAAAGAAAGAUUCUAACGAACGGGCGAGUCAAGUAAGAAGAAGAGAAUGAAAAGAAUGUAAAGUUGAAAAGUUUAAAGAGAGAGAGAGAGAGAGAGAGAGAGAGAGACAGAGAGACGGAGAGACGGGGAGAGAAAGAGAGAAAGAGAGAGAGAGAGAGGGAGAAAACGGGGAAUAAAAAUUAUUAUAGAGGAAACGCGUGCUCUCGACUCGGGUCUUUCUACGUAAUACCGAAGUGCAGAAGUACAUUUUUCUUAAGCGCGAGUACGCCCGAUAACACUUUUUGAUACGAAUGCAAAUUUUCUACUACGUAGAGGAAGAGAUACAGCAGCAGCCGCGGCCGCAGCAGCAGCAGCAGCAGCAGCAGUAACGUCGUUGUAGUGAUCUCACUCGAAUUAGGGUUUCGUUUUUUCACCGGGUUCCACGAAUAACGAUAAUAACGAUGACAGACGAUGAUAACGAUGUUGAUGAUGAUGAUAAUGAUGAUGAUGAUGAUGAUGAUGAUGAUGAUGAUGUCGAAUGCGUAGGAGCGAGUCUACGUUUCGGAAAGGUUUGCUUGUUUUUUUGAAAACGUUCUCUCUUUGGCCAGGAGGUUCUCGUAGAAAGAUAGAUCUCUCCGAGAGAUCGUUCAUUGAUAAUUCCAUAUUAGUAUCGCAGUUCGAAAUUCGGAUUGGAAAGGGACGAAAAUAAAGAAAACGAAAAAACGAGAAAUACAAAAAACGACGCUCGUCGUUUCUUUCGUAUGAUAAAUGAUCGGUUGGACCAAUGGGUGAUAUUAGUUAGACGGUGUUAGGUGAAAUCAAAGUUGGGGAGGGCUUAUAAACUUAAAACGAGGAGUGCAAGAGAGCGAUGACAGGGACGUAGAUAUCGCUAAUCCGCUUUUCCUCGCGAGUAACGAGUAACGAUGACAGAGGAAUCGGAUAAGAGGUAAGAGGGAGAAAAUAAAAUGAAACAUAGAGGAAGAAAGUGAAAGAGAGAAGAGGUAAGAAAUUUAGGAAGGAAGGGAAGAACGAUCCACGCACUCAUCUCAUGACACUAUUUUAAGAAAGAAUUUAAGAAGGAAUAAAGUAACCAAAAGAAAAAAAAAAAGCAAGCGUAACGACUGAAAGACUUUAGGCUGUAUAUAAAGUAUAAGGCAUGUAUGUUUGGUGUUUUAAAAAUGCAAAAAUUCCUUAUUAAUGAAAAAAAAAAGUUAUACCCUAUGCGAAAAAAAGUAAACAAUGUAAACAAGACUACUCUCUCGGUGUUUUUUGGAACUAAACUUAAAAAAUUUGUCCUAUUUAAAGGGAAAAAAACAAGUAUAAAAGAAUAAGACGUGAGAAUAAUGAUGUAACUCUCUAAAGAAAAAAAAAAAAAAAAAAAAAAAAUACGCGCGUAAAAAGUCAAGUUAUUGAGUGUAAACGUUAAGGUCUUCUUAGGGUUAAACGAAACAAAAAGGUGAAAGAAAAAAGCGAAGCAAGCACUAAUCACGAUCGUGUGUAAAAUUUCAAAAAUGAAUAUACCUUCCUUCGCUAUCACUGUCCACAGUAAUUCCGAAGCGAUGCACGUCCUUUCUUCAGUCGACAUUUCUCAUUCAUCCUCCUCCUCGCCUCCCCCACCCCCACCGCCACCCCCGCCCCCGGAUGCCCCUUCCUUACUUAGUUUCGUCACAGGAAAAAAAGAAAAAAGGAAACAAAAAAACCAACCACAUGAUAAUUUGUUCGAUGUACCGUCAUCGUCAUCCAUUUCGAUACCUGAAAAUCUUUCGUAAACGUUCGCUAGAACACAAGCAAGCUCGUUUCGCCCCUCAUCUUUCGAGGCCUUCAUCGUCAUCCAUUUUCCCCUCAUCUUCCCUCCUCACUGCACCCUCCUCGUUCCCUCGUCCAAGCUGCCUCCGGCAUCGCCGCGAGUACAUUGCUACCAUCACCGUCAUCAAUCACCACCGUCUCGCUAUCGUGCCCAGAAGGAAAAGCAACUCAGACCCUUUAUAAAAGAUUUAUCGUUAGAUGUGAAAGAAAAGGACAAAAAAAAAUUCAUGCAGAACUAAUAUUUAUCGUGAGGAUGAUUGUAAACGUGCGUACGCUAAUGAUUGUCGUUAAUUCAAUUACGGUUACGAAGUUGGUCGCGACGUUCGGUGCAAUCUAUAUCGAGAGUUGGAUCCCGUGACCUUCGUCCCGCGAGACUCACCAAAAAUAAUCAUUUCAAUUUCUUCAUUAACAGCCGAUGCAUUCAAUAAAAAAUCGUUCGUGCAACGAACAAUUCUACUAUAUUAUAAUCUUCUUUGCUACGUCGUUUUGUAUUUUUUUCUGUUUCUUUUUCUUCUUCUUUUUUUUUCUUGUUCUUCUCGUAAAAACGUGAAUCUUCUCGAGUUCUCUUUAGGUUGACCAUUCGAAGAAUAUGAAAGUAAAAGUGUAAUCGAAUCGUUAGCUAUAUUCGAUCCUUUUUUUUCUACCAUCCGUUGCACGAUCGUCGACUUGCACUUUUUUCGGAGGAGAUGGCCGAAAGAGAAGAAUUCAAAAGACUAAUUCGAGUAAAUCAUUCGUUAACGUUGCAUAUGUGUGUCCAAUCUACCGUAACACCGGAGGAGACCUGCUGUUGAAUUGAGAAUGACAAAAGAAGGAAAAAAAAGAGGAAAGAAACUAGAACUAGAGUAUAAUAUGCGGUGCGAAUAGAAAAAUUGUCUCAAAGUGAAAUUUUGUCGAACUUCCGGUCGUCUCUUCCACCAUCGCGGGCGAUGCGCUAUUACGAUCCGACGAGAGACGGAUUGGUCGAAAACGGGGAGGAAAAGAAGAAAUCUUUAAGAAUUAAAAGAGGAUAUAUUAUAUUAAAAUAUCUGUGAUGUAAAAAGUAACAAAAUUUUGAUGUAUAUUUUUCACAAAUUAUUGUAACCAGCUAGUGUAUAUGUGUAAGGAUAUAACAAGAAAAAAAACUAUUAUAAUUACGGUGUGCGGAAAUAAAAUGAUAAGCGAGGGACUAAAAGGCAAGAAAGAGAAGAGAGCAAGGGUGAGAGAGAGAGAGAGAAAGAGAGAGAGCGAGAGCGAGAGAGAGAGAGAGAGAGAGAGCGAGAGAAGGAAAGAAAGAGAGGGAGAGAGAGAGAGAGAGAAUGAAAAAAAGGAGAAAGGAAGUUUAGGGGAAUGAAAGCCGCGAUAUAACGCGAAAUUACGUUGGUCCACACCGGUGGUCAGACGGGACCAAGAUGGCGGGCACUGCUCGGAAAACAGUCGGACUAAAAGAUUCCUGUUGUCUUUUGCCCUUUUCUAUUUUCCUUUUCUUUUCGUUCGAUCAUUCCGCGCGUUCAAAGAAAGGAAAGAAAAAUGUACGGCGGGCUCUUCGUUCUUCUCCUUCGAUCGGCGACUCGACCGUAUCAAAACCAAAAUGUUUCUUCUCUUGUUCUCUCUUGUUCUUAUUAUAUUCAGGGAAUACAAAAGUAAUAUAUAUAUACAUAUACGCACACACACACACACACACACACAUAUAUAUUUAAAUAUAUAUUUAUAUAUUUAUAUAUAUUUAUAUAUAUAUGUAUUUAAAUAUGUAUGCAUCUAUACAUAAAUGUAUCAAAGUAAAUUCUCUAUUUCGCGAGCCGUCGUUCGUACGAUCAACGAAGGAGAGGACACGGAUUUUUGUUUCAUAUAAACCGGAAGAUUUGGUCCGAUUGGCCCUGAAACGACUCGAUGUUAGCUACCUCACAGUAUCGUCGCACGUUUGGUAUAUGGUUCGAAAGAAAGAUUUCCGUGUGUCUUCGAACGUAAAGAGAUCGAGAAUUGAUCUAUAGCAUCUCACGCGCAUUUCAAUAGCACCGUAAUUAGUAUUCAGGCCGAAUUGGUAAUUAGAAGUCUAGCUCUAGUUUUUCCGUGAAAAGAAUUAUAACGAAAAAAGAAGAAGAAAAAAAGAAAAGGAAAGUGAAACAAGAAACUCUCUCUUUUUUACAUCAAAGUCAUCUUCGAAGAGCCUUUCUUUCUAUUUUUUAAUAAUAUUAACCGGAUAACAAAUCGGGCAAUUCCAUAAAGAUGAGAAUAUUUUUCUAAAGUUCAAAAACCGCUCGAUCUUUCUCGUCUCUUUCGAACGAAGACAUACGGUUUCUUGCCGAUGGUGAUUCGUACGUAAAUGGUCUAAACAGUUCCAAAUUGUGCCUAAGUUUCGAGAUUACGUUUUUACUACAAGACAAAACGCGAAAACGUUUAGUUCGAACGAGCUCGACCGACGGCGAAACGGUGAACGCGACAUGAGAAUAUAAAAAAAGAGUAUUAAAAGAGAAAGAAAAAAAGAAACGAAAGGAAUGCUACGAUGAUUACCUCCGAUAAACGUUCCAGGGCCGUCCGGCCGCCAUCUUGCGUUCAAUUUUACGUUCCGUUUUGUCGAAUAAGUGCAAUUAGGUACACAUAACACGCUCACACCGAUACACUCGCGAUUACACUCGAUUACACCCACACUGAUAAUACGUACACCAGGCACACACGCACACGAACACACAUUUUACAUACGUUAAAAUGGAAAUCUGAAGAAAACGAACUGUUACGCGCUAGGUUACCGUUUUUUAAAUUCUAUUUUCAAUUCACGCAUUCUCGAAUGUUGGGAUUUUCGUGAUCAACGAAGAGCUGGCCUGUCGUUCAUUAUAUAGGGACGCGCGUUUAAUGACACACUUUAACACACACGACAUUUAUACAGCAUACAUCACGCACACUCGUCGCAAGUGAAACCGACGUCGAUUCGACCCACGAUUCGAAAACCUAUCCUUCUUUUUUUCUCCUUCGAAUCUAACGUCGAUGUGAUAUUAGAUACUUAAAUUUAUCUAAACUCGACGAAGCCAAAUUUCUAUUUAUUCUAAACCAGUGAUCGAGAAGCUUCGAGAAAGUAAUCUUUUAUCGGAUCCUUGGACCUUUCAUUCUUUAACAUAUUUUUCGACUAAAUUCGAAGGAACAAGAAAGACAAUUCGAGGUUUCGAGCAUGCCUGAACCAAACGUAGAAGAGGAGGAAGAAGAAGAAGAAAGAAGAUGGUCUCCUCGAUCGAUCAAAAACUUGGUACCUUCCUGAUUGGCUUUAAUACGCUCGUAUAAUUCGUAGGUUCUAGUCAUGUAAUGACUCUAAAGUAACGAAAAAAAAAAGCAAAAAAUAAUCAAGAAAAAAUAUAAAAAAAAAUUGAGAGAGUGAGAGUGAGAGAGAGAGAGAGAGAGAGAGAGAGAGAGAGAGAGUGCGAGAGGGAGGAAAAAGUCGACUCUCGAGCGAGUUCGACCAUUUAUGUAUACGCAGAUCGACUCGACAAAAAAGGAGACGCAAAGGAUAAGAUAUAAAAAAAAAAAAAGAGGAAAAAACAGAAAACUAUGCGAAAACGACCGAUUUGUGUUCAAACGGGUGUGCUCCAUCGAAUCGGAGAUAGUCGUUUCGAUGUCGGUUCCAAAGUUCUAUUAUAAGAGAUAUACGACGAAGAAAAAUCGGAAGAUUUCAGCGCGAGAAUGGCAAGAUUGGGAAGCCAAACGCGCCUCCGACCGGCCGAAUUUGCGAAAUCCUCCUCGUAUCGCGACUGCCUGAGAUUUCUUUGCGAAGCUUGCGAUUGGCUAUCUGUCUGCGUUUGAUCUACGGCCUCUUUCCUAUUAAUGGUAAGAUUUUUUCAAAAUCGUUUCUCUUCGACAUUCCUACCUGCGUAUGAUCUCUCUGCGAUUAUUUGUGACAGAAUAAAAAUCUAAAUGCAAACAUCCACUUAUACGAUCGAGCUGAUAAUGUAUUAGUUGAAAAUAAUCGAGUGUUAAGAUACAUUUUUAUAUAAUAAAGAUAAAGAUAAAGAUAAAGACAAAGAAUGAGGUCGUAGGUCACGUGGAAGAAGCGUUAUUCGUCCAUCAAAAGGUGAUGUAUUCUUUAAAGUACAAUUACGUCUUGUUCCAUAUAUACGAAUCGAAAUUACUUUCAUGUUCCUAUUUCGACGUUUAAGGAAAAGCGAACCAUCGAUUCUGUUCGCUGUCGGGCGAUGGUGUCCUUGUUGAGAGUCGCUGAUCUCACUUUUCGCUAACGACCGGUCGGAGAUGAUCGCGCGGCCGGCAUCUCGGUAGUGGGUCAGCCUAGAGAAACUUUUCGAAACUAGUAGGAAAAGAAAAAAAAAAUACUAGAUAAAUGGCGCUGGUACUACAAGACGCGGUGUUAGCGUAACCGGUAGUACUCGUAGUUUAGCGCUUUAGUCGUUUGUAUAUCGUGUUCUUUUCUAAUAUUCUCACUAUAUCAGCCCGAUCUCGGCGUGCAAUCACUAUUAAAAAGAAAACAAAAAAAGAAAAAAAUAAAAAAAGAAAAAAAAAGGAAGGAAGAAAGGAAGGAAGGAAGGAAGGAAGGAAGAAAGAAAGAAAGAAAGAGUAAGAUAAAUUUUCUCGAAAGGCGCGUCUUUUAAUUAAUAACAUUCGUAUCGAUUUCCCUGUCGUCCGAGAGAAUAUAAUAUAUGUAAUAUAAUAUAACGUAAUGAUAUUCUUUGUUAAACUCUUGUAUACGUAUACGGGUCCUCCGUUAUUGUUCGAUCGAAUUUAUCUGCUUGCUUUCUCCUUGUUUCAUUAAGAAUUAUAAGACGAGGAUUCGACGUAUAAUUUCGUAAUCUCCAAAUACAUUUUUUUUGUAAUACCUGUCUCAACGCGAGGAUAUUAAAGUAUAAGUAAAAAGUAUAUCGUAUGAAACAAAUCGACCGGUAUUUCCAAGUACGACCAACUAAAGUUACGGACCAAGUACGCUGAAGUUCCGGUAAAUCGAAUCAAAAUAGGAAACAGAAAAUGUAGAAAGAAGAUGAAGGAGAAGAAAGAUACGACGGGGAAAAGAUACGACGAAAAUGUACAAUAAUACAAAGAACAAAUAGGAGGGCGUAUAAACGGAAGAAAAUAAAAAAGAAAUUAAAAUGAUAUCCCAUGGUACGAGCUCUUUCCUUCUCUCUUCUCGAUACAAAAGAGUAUACAUAUAUACCAAGUGCAUAGAAAAAUGUACGGCACGUGUAUGCGCGGCGAGGUCGGACCAUUCGUAUGCCAGGAAAGAUUUUUAAAGCUAAAAUAAAUCCGAAUCGAGGAGAGUUAAAUUAAUGCGAGAAUCCACCCAGAUAUCUCCGAGCAUUCCCCUUUGAAUAUAAAAAAAAUCACACACACACACACACACACACACACACACAGGUACACA